GUUAUAUUUUAUCGACAGAUAUAUCAAUAUCAGUAUCGGAGGCGUGUUUUGUUACCGUUGAUAAUCGCUAGAUCAAUUCGGUGAUGUGGGUGUACGGGACAUAAGCGGAAACCCGUUCGUGCGUGCAAAAUCAUAGGAUGCAAGAUAGUUUGUCUUUCUCGGUUCAUUCGUACAUCAGCUGGUUUUCCGCUAUUAGCUCUAAGUUUCAAUGUGGACUUCGUAAACCGCGCAUAGUUACUGUUAACACGAUGACUGAUUUAGUUUUAUCUACUGUUGAUACGAGAAAAUUCUGAUUUUAAAGUCGACUCGUGGAAUUAGUCGUCAAGGGGGUGUGAAUACGAGUCGGUGAUUUUAAAUAAACAAAGAUAAGUGACCAACAGCUUAUAAUGGCAACUUACGCCUCGUGCAUCUUUGCCUCGAGACCGCAACAUGAGAUCAACUAUAUGGAGUAUCACGAACCGCUAAUGGAUAGAUACAUGCCUUCUUCAAUGGGGGAGCCAGCAAGUUUGCUGCUUCCAAGCCAGGGAACAGCCGGAAUGAUCCCCGACUGUGUUCCGGACAGUACUUCGGGAUCUCCUUUCCAACACUCGUUUUCUAUCACUCCCACCUGCAAUCCUUCCCCACCUUUACAACCCACGGGACCAACGGCUCAUCACGUGGGAGUUAACUCCAGUCCUCCUUUGCAGCACGUGCAAAAUGGUUAUAGCCCGUCUCUUAGUCCCGAACACAUACACACUCUACAACCUCCGUGUACAGAUCAACCAUAUCUUCGAUUUUUGGAACAGCCAACUAACAGAAUUCGGUAUCGCUACAAAAGCGAGAAAGGAUCUCACGGAGGUUUGACAGGAGAGUUCAGUACUACCACCAAAAAGACUUACCCUACAGUAAAGCUAGAGAAUUACCAACAACAUAAUAGUCAGGUAUAUAUUAAAGCUAUACUGUAUACUAUUGAUGACCAGCCAAAGCCUCAUGUUCAUAAACUGAUGGGUAAACACUGCCAAGAUGGAGUGUGCACUGUUACUGUAGGAGAAGACAUGGUUGCCAGUUUUCAGAACCUGGGGAUUUUGUUUGUUGGAAAAAAAGAAGUUCCAGAUAUCUUGUACAGGAGGAAAUUAGAGGACCAAAAUAUAUUGAGUUGUUUAAUGCAAAAUGGCUCUACACAUUUCUCUGUAGAAAACGAAAAACAUCAUUUGAGAGAAGAAGCAGAACGAGAAGCCAAAGACAUGGAUUUAAACAGAGUGAGAAUUCGUUUUGAGGCUUUUGCAGUCUCCCAAGGCAACAGUUACCCUGGACAUUUGUAUCCCAUUAGUGAUGCUGUAUAUUCAAAUAUCAUAGCAAACCAAAAGUGCCCUGAUGUUGGGGAACUCAAGAUUGUACGGAUGGAUAAGUGUUCUGGCUUGUGUACUGGGAGUGAUGAGGUGUUUUUACUGUGUGAAAAAGUUAACAAAAAGGAUAUCAAAGUUAUGUUCUUUGAAGAAGAUGAAAAUGGAAUGAUACUGUGGCAAGAUUUUGGGAGUUUUACUGAGGCAGAUGUUCACCACCAGGUUGCCAUCGUGUUCAAAACUCCUCCAUACCGUGACCCAAUGAUAAAAUUUCCAGUGAAGGUGAAACUCCAGUUGUAUCGACCUAGAGAUAGAGAGUGCAGCAAACCUAAGGACUUUGUUUACAUCCCAGUUGAACAUGACAGAGAAGGAAUUGAAAGGAAGCGAAGAAAAGUCCACAACUAUCAAAACUUCCCCGGAUUUGAUGGUGGAUGCAAUAAUUUUGGAUCUAAUCACUCGUUUGGAACUACUGGUGGAUCUGGUUCUUCAGGAGGUAACAAUGGCAGUUUCUUUGGUCAUGGUCAAGGACCUGUAGAUUUCCAAGGUCAGAACAUGCUAAGCACUAGUCAGACAAGAGUAACUCAGUCAGAGGAAGUACCUCUUUCUCUUCGAGAAGAAAGAAAAGUGAAUCAGGAACUGGCCAGUGGAGUCUCUCUCAGUACAGAAGAAUCACUGGAAGCCUCUCUUCACAGGCUUUCUCUGGUUGACCAUGAUGUGAGGAAAUCAGGAAGCCAAAAGUCUAAAAAAUUAAGUGGACAAGUUACCUCAGCUCCUCAGUCACAAUAUCCCUCAGGCAGAACCUCAUCUAAGUUCCUAACCCAAACAAGGGAACAGUGUAGCUCUGCCACCACACAAGAAACUCCACCACUGUUAUAUAAAAUGACAGACACAGGUGGGUUGAAUCAUCUUCCAAAAUCAACAGCUGAUAGCGAUACGCUUGAUUUGCGGCCAGUUAGGCAACUUGCUCUACAGAUGAGUCUGGCUCUGAGAGAAUUUAUUUGUUCUGGUGAUCUCAGAAAACUCUUGGUCACAAUGAGGCACCUGGUGGCUGUACAGGACACUGAAGGAGACAAUCUUUUACACCUGGCCAUAAUACAUCAUGCUGGAAAUCACACAAACCAGUUAGUGUUGGUUCGCUGUCUUCUUCACGUACUAAAAGAUUUACCCAAAGAUACCAUUAACCAAAGUAACAACUUGCAUCAGACUCCCCUGAUGUUAGCAGUAAUGACUAAAAGCCCUUACAUAGUGCAAGAGCUUCUCGUUCAUGGUGCUAACCCUAACAUUACUGAUGCGGAAGGGAAUACUCCACUGCAUAUUGCCACUCAUAACGGUGAUGAAAUUUGUCUAUCCGUUCUCUUGGAUCCUAAGAAUCACCCAGAUGAAGUGACAGAAAUCUCUUCCAGUUUAAAUAAACUGAAUUAUGCAGGAUUUGCACCUCUUCACCUUGCCGUGAAACAAGGUCAUAAGAAGUGUGUGAAAAUUCUGUGUGCUAGGGGAGCAGAUAUAAAUGUUAUGGAUGGGACCAGUGGGCACACUCCUCUUCACCUGGCUGUAGUGUGGAGUCCUCAUCUCAUCAGGAACUUGCUGAAAAUGGGCCAUGUGGAUAUAAAUGCACAGAACUUUGCUGGAAACACCACAUUACAUCUGGCUUGUGCUUAUGCAAAUGAAGAUGUUGUCUCCAUUUUGGUGAAGGCAGGAGCCAGUGUAUUGAUAGAAAAUUAUGAUAUCUGCAGUCCAAAUGAUCAAUCAGGAAAUGAAAGUGAUGUGCCAAACAGCAAAGGCAAAACCCCACUCGACUUUUCGGGAAACAACCACAAAAUGAAGAAAAUUCUUUUUGGUCAGUCUUCUCAUUCUGAAGAUAGGUUUCCAAAUACUAAAUCUUCAUCCAGUAUAUCCAAGUUAUCUUCCUCCUCUGUUAGUGACUUGAAGAAGUCUCAUGAUAGCAAAGCAGAAAUAGGUGAAUCUAAGAAGUCUGGUACAUGCACACUUGCACCUUUUGACUCUGGAUAUAUCAGUGGUGAAAUCAAGACAGAAGACCUAGACAAAAUGGACCUGCUUUUCACGGAGCUGGAUAAAAACCUGCAGUGGAAACAGUUAGGAAUGACUUUGGGGUUUGAAGAUUCGGCAAUUAAUUCCAUAGAGAGGUUAUGUAGUAAGGACCAAAGCCCUGCUAAAGCUAUCAUUGAGAAGUUUCAGGAAGAACAUCCCUACUGUGAUUUGAAAGAAACACUGACAAAUGCACUGAUUGCUGCUGCUCUUCCCGAAGCUGUAGAAAUUAUCCACUAAGAAUACACGGAACUUAUGUUACUUGAUCUGCAAGUGUCAAUUAUUUAACUUGAUUGUUUGAAAACUCUGAACCACCACAAUCUCUAUCUCCCAAUGUUGCCAACAACAACACUAUAGAUAGCAAUAUUUCUUGAUCUUGUCUAAGAUGUAUAUAGAGGUGUACUGGCCUUUAAAAAUAUGCAAGUUAAGACAUUGUAUGGGUCUUGUUUAUGUUUUGGGGUAAGUAAAUGUUUACUGUCAUACAUUUUAUGAUGAGCUGCUUUUAUGACAGGUAUUUGUAAUGUAGCUGUGGACGUCCCAAUAUUUAAGAAACAUAACAUAACAUGCAUGAAUGAAUCCAUAAUUCUAAGAUGAUAAAUCAUUUUGUUGUUCAUGAUAGUUUUUGGUUUUUAUAAUAAACAUAUGCAGUAAAUGCUUAAUCCAGCUUCAGUUAAUAUUAUCAGUUACCAUUUUUUAGUUUAUUCUAAUAAUUGUGGAAGAGUAGUUGUCCCUACAAGUUUUUUCCCCCUCAAACAUUUACAAAUAAUUUUCUAGUUACAUCAGUAGAAGAAUGCAGGCCAUUCUCAACCUUCAAAGUUACAUUACUACUAUUGCAAGAGUGAAUUAGUGAAGUUUUGUUUCUAAGUCAAAACUGUAGACAACCCUACAGUAUAAUUUCUUAGACACUGUUAUUAAAUUAUUGUGAAACAUGUGAUAGAGCAUUUCAUUCCAAGAUGUAAGUACUUUCAGCUGUCGCUAACUUGGGCAAUUGCUUAGUUUAUUUUCUUUCUUUCUUUUUUUUGUUAUAAAACUUCAAGUAAUUAACACUGUGUAAAUGCAUUUAUUUUAAAUUCACACCAAGUAUUUUUUAGUUAUGUUUUGCUUUUUAUAUUAGUACUUCUUCCAUGGAAAAAAAAAAAGAGGAAUGUAAUGAGGGUUGUAUACAGGAUUAAUAAUGAUAAUAAAUAAGCUAUUUACAUAGAAAGUCUGGUGGGUCUAUCUUCCCUCAACAACAUAAAAUGCACCAAAUUUCUCAGUAAAUGGAAGACGUUUAAUAUACAACAGCUUUAAUUAAAUUCAUAAAUCUAUUGCUGAACCAAAUAGGCUGCAGUUUCUCUACUGAAAGUAUUUUGUAAA